GUACUCCAAAUCUUUCUCUACCUUUCUGUCAUCCCGCCUCACACGCGCUUCGUGUUUAGGACAUUUUACCUUCCAUCAUUCAAGAUGGACAAACGAUCAGCAGAAAGUCCGAUGGACUUCGAAUGGCAGACAAGAGCCCCAGGGGAUGUGACUUCACCCUUCUAUCAGCUCAGCAUGCAGCAUGACAACCAAAAGAAACGACCCCAUCGCAUCUUCGAAUCUCCCGACAAGAAACAGACACCAGCCUUGCGCGAACCCAAUUCACAGCCCUUCCUCUUCUCGCAGUCACGAUCCCAAGACCCGCCUGGCACCCCGAAAUCCCUCUUUGGCCAGUCCGCAUUCAUGACCCCGCGCAAGUUCGAUGUCGAUUUCUCGUCCGGUGCAGAGAAUAUGUCGUCUCCCGAGAACGCAGAUAACGAAGAUACUCCGGAGCCGCCCAUGAAGUCGGGCCAUCGAAAUUCAUUAUUCAACAUGUACGGACGGUUUGCGCCCAGUCCCGGGCGGGGCGAGAUUCCUCGUCUGAAUCAUUAUUCCAAUGCGUUGGCUCGCCGGGUACAGAAGAGAAGACGGAGGGACAAGGCACUAGAUAUGCAAUUUCGCAGGGAGAGUGAUGAUGAGAGUGAGGACGAGCACGUAUCGGGCAACAAGCAGAACCAAAACCAGGGACACAUUCAGGGGCAGGCCCAACCGGCAUCGCGUAUGUCUUCUUUCUCGGACUUUUUCGCUUUGCUCGAGGCACAUCCCAACGUUCCGAGUAUCCUGUCGUGGUGGGCUCAGUUGGUCGUGAACCUGUCUCUGUUCUCGCUCGCCGUGUACGUGGUGUUUGGAUUUGUGUCGGCUAUUCGGGCGGAGUUCGAGCAGGCGGCGGAAGAGGUGUCCGAUACGAUAUUAGCAGAAAUGGCGACGUGUGCGAAGAGCUACGUGGAUAACAAGUGCGGCGGCGGAGAUCGACUUCCAGCGCUGGAGACAGUCUGUGAAAACUGGGAACGCUGUAUGAACCGGGAUCCAGCGAAGGUCGGACGGGCAAAGGUGUCGGCACAUACCAUGGCGAUCAUCAUCAACAGCUUCAUCGACCCCAUUAGCUGGAAAGCGAUUGUAUAUGUUCUUCCUCGCGACCAUUUCGACAGUUACCGUUGUCAGCAACUGGUCCUUCCGUUCGUUCAGAAACCGUUACAAUCAACACGAGUAUACUCAUCCUUCUGCCCCCAGCUUUUCUCGGCAACCCUCCGGACAGCAUCACCCUUCAUUAGGCCCCUCCCAGCCGUCCUACCAGACUCGGGUGGGUUUAAUUACCAGACCCAUGCGCCGAGUCUUGAUCAUAAAAAAGAAAAACCGUUGAUGCUCGAAGACUCGCCAACACGGGACUUCGUCAAUGAGCGGAGCCGCACUCGGGAAAAUCGCAUGCGAACCCCAAGUCCCACGAAGAGAGAUAGGAAGUUGUUAUUAUAA